AAUUACAAAAAUUUUGAAAUUUUUUUCAAUGGUGGGUUUUUCAAAAUUAUUCACUCUUAUUUUUUAAUUUGUCUAUUUUACUAUUUUUUUGUUUGAUUUAAAUAUUCUACAUUUUUAUUUAAGUCUGCACAAAGUUGCCAUAUUUUUAUUUUAUUGCCAGAUCGAGAAAAAACCAUGGCGCCAAUAUUCAAAAAUUCUAUGAGAUUAAUUUAACUUUUUUUUUUAUUAUUUUUUCCUUAAAUAUCAGUUAAAUAUUACCUUCAUUUUAAGUUUAAAUAUUUGGUUUAUUAUUUAAAGAAUUAUUUGAUAUUUAAAACGUUUUAUUUUAAAUUUGUUAAGAAAAAUUUGUGAAUCAACUAUUAUUAUUAAUGUUAUUACUAUUAUUUUAGUAAAUAAAAAGUAAAUAUUUUGGGUUCUUUAUACAAGUUUUCAAAAAUAUUUUUUUUUAAAAAGUAUAUGUUUUCAAAGAACUAAAGAAUGUUUUAAAAAAUAUAGUUAUAAUUUAUGAUUAUAAAAUGUUUUACAAUUUAUUUUAUUACUUAAAUUAUUCAUAGUAUUUAAACUUUAAAAAAAAUGUAAAAAAUUUCAGCCAAUGUUGCCACACUUUUUAAGAGCCAGUGGCAGCCCGCCCGAAAGUUUCGUUUUUCAUCCAAACGGCGGAAAGCCAAGAGGAGCUCCCUUUAGUCGCAACUUUGACUUGUUGUUCGACGGUUGGCAUUUCCUCCACUUUUUCCGGGCGACUCUCCCUCGAUUUUCCGGUCGUUUUUGGCGCGCCAGUGAAAAUAUUCAAACGAUAACCCCGAAAAUAGUGUUUUUUUUUUAGAAAAAUGGACAGGCUGGAGAGUCAAAGAAAGGGCCGAGGUCCCUAGAAAAUCAUAAAAUAUUAAUUUCAAUAAAAUUUUAAAUUUAUAAAAAAAAAUUGUAAACAAAAUAAAAAAUUAUAAAAUGCCUGUGAAAAAGGUUGCCGUCAAGGAAUAUGAUUCGCAGGACGAGGCCAGCACCGAGUUGCUGGAGAAGCUCAAGCAUCUGGAUCGUCGUGUGGAGAUCGUCGAGGAUGGUGCCGGAGGAGGUGGCCGCGGUGGGAAGACCUCCACCGCCUGGUGGCAGUCCGUGAAAUGGAAGUCGGCCCUCAAUCACAUCGGAUUGCUCGUUUCGCUGUCCAUUUAUUGCGGCGUGGGCGGUUUGAUAUUCCGUCACUUGGAACGUCCUGCGGAGGUGGAGCGUCUAGGACAUUUAAAGGAUGUGGUGAAGACCCAGAGGGAGCGCUUCAUGAGCACCAUUUUAAACAACACCGAAGUUCAUAAUCUUAACGAGCUUUUAGCCUUCGAAUUGGCUAAGUACGAAGCGGCCGUUCAAGAGGCUGCGGAAGGGGGACUAUUAAUAGUGGCCGAUAAAGACUUUCCAGAGCCAUACGAGCGAUGGAGUAUUCUUCAAGCUGUGUUCUUCUCAUCGACUGUGUUAACCACUAUAGGCUAUGGCAACAUUGUGCCAGUUACUACCGGUGGUAGGGUAUUUUGCAUUUGCUUCGCCCUCAUCGGAAUACCCUUUACUCUCACGGUGAUCGCCGACUGGGGCAGGUUGUUUGCCACAGCGGUUUCAGUUUUCGGCAAACAUAUGCCAACCAAACCAAAGUUUACCAAUUUUAUUGGCAAGACCUGGUUCUACGCCAUUCUGGCCGUGUGCUUCCUGGGCGUUUACUUGGCCGCCGGAGCUGGCCUUCUUCUGCUUUGGGAGGACGAUUGGACCUUCUUCGAUGGCUUCUACUUUUGUUUCAUAACCAUGACGACGAUUGGCUUUGGUGAUUUGGUACCAAAGAAACCCAAUUACAUGUUGUUGUGUACUUUGUAUAUUCUAAUUGGCUUGGCCCUGACAUCGACUAUUAUUGAGUUGGUAAGACGACAGUAUGCUACCAGUUGGGCUAAACUUCAGGAACUAUCUGGACCCAUGGCGGAGACCUUACGACGUUUGGGAGAAACUGCUGGCACAGGUCUAGAUUACACAGCUCUGCAGAAGGUCCUGACGGUAUCUAUGCCCAAGUGGAAUACGAACAAAAAGAACGAACACAGUCCCGAUAUUGCUGCCUUGGAGGCAAUCACAAAUGCGAUAUUAAAAGAAGUCAAGGAGGCCCAAAAUAACAAACCAAAGGUCCUGCAAAUUGUCAUCUACGAGUCGUCUGUCUAAAAAAAUUAAAAAUAAUAAUACUAAUUUAGAAAAAAAAAACGAAAACAGAGAGGUCUUCCGUAGCAUACUUGUGGGCAUUUUGGUUGAAAAACAAAACAAAAAUUGAAAUAAUAUCAUGAUGGAAAAAAAUAUCAAAUGUAGUUAGGCUUCCGCUUCAUCCAUGGGUACAGUGGGCACUGGCUAGAGCGUACACUGCCAGACUUCCACAAGUCAGUGUCCGUACUUAUAUAGCUAUUAUAUAGUCAAAAAAAAAAUGUCUAGGCAAUAAUCAUAUUGCUCAUACGUACUGAGAUCAGCAAAAUAAAAACAAAAAAUCAAAAAAAAAUUAAUUAAAUAUCUUAAGGCUUAGUUUUAAAUUAAAAUGAUAUUUUUUUUUUGAGGAACUGUAAGCUUAAGUUAUCAGUAAUAUUAAUUGUAACUCUUGUCCAUACUAUAUACUAUCAUAAAUGUCAUCUUAAAAAUAAAUCAAAAAAGACUUUCACAAUACUAG